CAAAAACAAAAAAUUUUAUCUUAUUGACGAGAAAAUGAGUGACUUGUCUAUAAGUGCUUCUAGACAACUCAUUGAAAGAAAUGGUGGAAUGAUUCAGAACAACCAACAUUCAGCUGACAUAUUAUUGACAAGUUUGAAAUCUAUUCCUCGUAUAAAAAGACAUUUACAAAACCAUCAGAUCCCUGUUAUUGACGUGCGCUGGCUAAAAGACUGUGUUAUGCAAAAGCACAUACUACCUAUAGACUCUUACAUUAUUAUGAACAAGAGAACAUCGGCAUCUCCAUUAUCAACGGAAGACAACGACUACUAUAUCCCACAACCUACUUCUAUUUUGACAAAAACAUACGACAAAAAUGAUACUGAUACAUUGAUAUAUGCAGAAAGUGACACUAGUGACGAUGAUAACGAAGAUACCAAUGAACAUUAUGAUAUUGAUCCUUCCUACAACAACACAAAAUACGCGUGUCUUCGACCCACUCCUUUGAAAGCAUUACAUAACGGUAAACUAGUAGCAUACCUUCACUUACUGGAAACAAGUCGCGAAUUGGAAUCAAAUGACAAGAGUGCAUUGGCCUAUUCGAAUGCAGUCUCUGCAAUAAAGUCAUAUCCCCGAAGAAUUCGAUCAUCAACGGAAGCUGGUAAAAUAAAAGGCGUUGGAUCGAAAAUCAAGGAAAUAGUCCGAGUAUAUCUAGAAACUAGCACAGUACCUGAAGCAGAAGCAUUACUGUCUGAUGAACGUUUUAGAACUUUGAAAUUAUUUAACAAGUGUUUUGGUGUAGGACCAUCAACAGCUCGUGCAUGGUGGGAUAUGGGUUAUAGAUCAUUACAACAAGUCUUAGAUCAAGCAUCACUAACCUCCACUGUUCGACUUGGAAUUCAAUUACUUCCUGAUUUUAUUAUUCCGAUGACUCGUGAUGAUGUUGAAGAAUUGAUUGAUAUUAUAGAAACACAAGUCAUGCUUGUGGAUGAUCAAUUACUGAUAAUACCUGUUGGUGGAUAUAGGCGUGGAAAAGAAAAAAAUGGGGAUCUCGAUAUUAUCAUAUCAUCAAAACAGGAAAAAAACAUGGAUGGUAUUUUGGAUAGUAUAAUUGAAAGACUCAAAUCUCAGGGAUACGCAAAACACAUACUUUGGCGAAACACUUAUCAGCAAACAACCACUUUUGCAAAACGAUAUCAAAUGCAGCAAGAAUCUAGGGAAAAUGAAGAAGACUAUCAAUUUAUCACCAAAUCAUUACGCAGAACCGGAUUUGAUGAUUUACCAAAGGUACUCACAUGUUUCAUGCAACCAUCAAAGAAAGUGGUUAGACAAGUUGAUCUGAUUAUUUCAACAUAUGAACAAUUUCCGACAGCAGUGCUUGGUUGGACAGGAUCUCGACAAUUUGAAAGGUCUAUAAGGGAUUAUGCAAAAAUGGAAAAGAAUAUCAAACUGAAAAGUAAUCAAAUGUAUACAAGAACUAUACCAGAAAGAAUAAUACCAGUGGCUAGUGAAAUGGACAUCUUCAAUGUAUUAGAUAUUCCUUUUGUCCCUCCUAAAUUUCGUAAUUGCUGAUUGGCUGGAUGACCGUGACUUUAUUCUUGACUUGGACAAACAUUCAUUAUAGGAAAUUGUAAACGCCUCCCGAAAUUUUUUUUUUUUUUUUUUUUCAAUCUCUUUUUUUUUUUUUUUUUACUUGG